AUUAUUUAGGACCACUGAUUAAAUAUGUUUAAUAGAUUUUUGGUAAAGACACUCUACAAAAGCUCUGCUCUCAAAGGGACCACUCUAGGCCUCGGAAGAGUUGCAGUUGCUCCUGCUAACAGCCUCUUCAAUUUCAACAAGAUGGGCUUCUUUGAUUACAGUGACAACGCCAUUUUCUCAUCUGAUGAAGAAGAUGCUGCCGAAAGAACUCUCAAGAAAGCAAAUCAGGCUCAAGGCCAGAGCGAUUUUUUUGACGCAGAAGCUCCCAGAACAGAUGUGCAUGAAGGAGCAUUCGACCCAGACGAUAUUCCACUCUACAUCUAUAAAAUGAGAGAAGAAAUCAGCCGUCUCAGAAGAGGUGAGAGAGACGUGCCAGCUUACUUCCCCAACUUCAGGAGGUUCGUGGCCAUGCACCACCAGAACAAAGAAAGAAUCGCUGCUGAGUUCCCCAGAAGCUCAGUCGUGUUCUACGAGUACUGCGCCCAGAGAAGAGUCCGCAGAGAAGCUGGCUUUUUGGAGACCCUCGAAAACGAAAUAGCCGAGCACAGUCUGCAGAACAUGCCAAUUCCAGGAAUCAAGAACUUCGUCCGGUCGGCUGCUUCGCUAGGCAGAGCAAGACCUGCCGUCCUUGACAAGCUAAUGGAAGUUCUGGAAAGCAGAAACGCAUACAACGAUAUCAAGGCGAACUUGAUCAUGCUCGAAGACUUACUCUACCUGAGAUACGCCAUCCCGGAAGAAUACAUGCUCAACUCGUACAAGAAGUUCUACGAGAAAUUGGUUGGCGAAGGGUUGUUCGAUCCGAGGGAGAGAGACAUGCGCAGAGGGUUUAGCUCACAGAUCACAAACGGGAACAUGUUUGGUUUGAUUAGCACCACCGCUAAAUAUCUUUGUGAGAAUAAAGAGACUAUCUCCUUCACAGAAGAAGAAGUCAAAGAUUUCCUUGAAAGACAUUCUGUAAAAGAUGAAGAAGGAAAUGUAACUUAUAAGCCAAACGAAACAACAAACUCUGUUAAAGACUAUAUUUUAUUGACUCUGUGUCAAGAGCAUGUAAAAUCAAUGAGAAACGGUCCUCUUCUGAAAUUUUUUGAAGUGUGUCAGCCAGAAAUUUUCGAUAACACCCCAUACAUGAAGGACGCACUUCUGACAAGACAAAAUGAAGCUUCUAAAAGAACUGAUAAUAGGCAGUCAUUCCUCAAAUUAAGACAACACAAAAAUUUAGCUUCUGUGCUUGAUGAGGCAGGAUAUUCCUACCACACAUUCCAAAAAGUUGGAGACUUUUUCGCUCCUCUUUUCUUACUCGAACAAGAAAAUGCCAUUGUUGAGUAUCAAUCUUUAAUGGACUGAGUAAAAUUAGGGAAAAGAUCCGGACCAGCCCAUGGAAGAGCUUACAUGAGGGGAGAGAUUUUCAAGGGCUUAGGAUAUAAUUAUCAGGUUGUCUCAUUCCGUGAUUUCAUCAAGUACGAAAAUGAUCGUGCAGGAUUAAUUGAAUUGGUCCAAUCGAAGCUAACUAAGGCUGAAUAAGGACCACAUUUAAUGAAAGAUUGAGCAGUUUCAAUUCAAUUUA